AAAACAAAAACACACACCUGCAUCAGCUGUGCUGGAACUCCGGCUCUCUUCUCUCUGGCAUCUGAGAUCUUACUGGGGAUCUGAGGCAGAGGCCUGGGAGCCCCCAUUUCCGAGGGGGAGGGCCCCCGUGGGAGGCCCCGCCCCCUCUGUUGCGGAGGGAUUUGGUGGGGUCCAGGCGGCUCUUGGCACGCAGGGGUGCGCAGAUGACCUGAAGCCAGGAAAAGGAAAGGCGCCGCCAAGGCUGGUCGCUCUCAGCUGGAACUCAUCACAUCCUCAGUCAGGAGCGCCCACACCACGCAGGUCCCGCCCCUCCCAGGUGGGUUUCAUCGGGUGGGCUCAGCGGGGCGGGGCCGAGUGAAAUUAGGGAGGGGACUGGGCUGGGGCACAAUGGAGGCCAAACCAGCGCCGAACUCCUCAGUGGCAGCAAAGCUGCUGGCGUUGCCCUGUCUGGACCUGGAGCCGCUGGGAGGAUCUUCCUCCCAGGAGAGGCCGAGGACCCCAGGAUGCCGGAGAACCAGUGGGAGGUCCCUCUGGCCUGCAUGCCAGAACUCCGUCACCGCUCUGCGCUUCCUCCAAGAGACAGUGGAGGGGCUGGAUCAGUCCCCUGCUCUGGACACCCAGGUCCUGGGGCCUUGCUGGGAGCCGAUGGCUCUGGGGACUCAGGGCCACCUGCCGCUGGACAGGGGUUCCAAGGACACACAGACCCGGAUCAGCCAGAAGGGCCGCCGUCUGCAGCCCUCGGGUACUCCCCUUACCCCACCCCAGAGAAGGCCCCGGAAGCAGCUGAACCCCUGCCGGGGCACCGAGAAAGUGGACCCGGGGUUCGAGGGGGUGACUCUGAGGUUUCAGAUAAAGCCGGACGCCAGCCUGUUGAUCAUCCCCUCGUACAGCCUUCCCUGUAGUAGCCGCUCUCAGGAACCUCUUGCAGACGCUGCUGAGGGCCCCGCAGCCCACCCAGGAGACACGGAGGCCCUGGGGCUCCGGCGCUGUGCUUCCUGUCGGACCCAGCGGACCCCGCUCUGGAGAGAUGCUGAAGAUGGAACCCCUCUCUGCAACGCCUGUGGGAUCAGGUACAAGAAAUAUGGCACUCGUUGCUCCAGCUGCUGGCUGGUGCCCAGGAAAAAUGUCCAGCCCAAGAAGCUAUGUGGCAGAUGCGGAGUGUCCCUGGACCCCAUUCAGGAAGAUUAAACUUGCCUUCCCCUGCUGAGCCGCUUCUUCUGCCUCAGUUUCACCAGUAGGAGAAUGGGCAGAAGCAGCAAUCCUAGGAGAACCGGGCAAGGAGCUGGCCUGCCUCCUGUCUGCCAUCUCCCAAUUCAGGGACCCCGGGGGAAGACCCAGGCCUCAGGCAGCAGAGCCUGCUAGGGGUCACUGGCCCCUUUUUCUCCAGUCAGCCUCGGCCGAGGCCCCCUCAGGAGACGUUUUCAGGAAUGAUGAGCAUUGUUACAGUAGGGACAAUAAAGUACAGAGAGAUACUCAGA